AUGCAAGCCUCGGUUAGUGAGCCAAUCACCUUGUGCUCUGCUAUCGCGUUCUACCGGACCUCAUAUCGAUCCGGGCCGAUGAUUCUGACAUCACGUUCAACAUGACAAUGUCAAACUGAUAGUUCACCAAUUCAGGUGACGGAUGAAUAACUGACUGACGACUUUUUGAGACCAGUAGUUCUCCACGGAGAAAGGAAGCAACAAUUCGGGAAAAAAUGCUGUGAGACGGGAUUUCUUGAAGCCUCCUUCUUUCGCGCGAGAGAUGAUUGAGGGAAUCUUCUACGCCCGCUUUCUCCCUCAAAAGGGUCAGUAUACAUCCUCAAUCCGCAUUGGGAUUUUCUGACAAAAUCUAGGAGCAAAAGUGCUUCACCAGUCACCGCCAGGAUGCAUCGUCGCAGAACCAGAUAUCGACAAGCCGCGCCUCUUUGAUUUCGAAAUCAUGGCCGAGUACAUACUCCCUCGACAAGCCUUUUGCAACCGCUAUGUCACGAUCUGUGACCCGGAUAACAAAUAUCGGAUCUUAGGUCACCCGGUUUGUAUUUAUGAUGAGAUGUACGACCGCAACGAAUUCAUGUUUAAUUUUGGCAUCGUUAUUGGGUUCGAUGUGGAUAAGACGCCUUAUGAAGCGGUGGUCAGACGCUUGGCGAGUACCUUUACGGAGAUGGAGAUUCAGAAUCAGUUUUUGAGCUUGGAGGAUACGGUUAGUACCAAGGGAAGGCGGUCGAUCUCUGCGCUGCUCGAGAUCAUUAAGGAGGAUGUGAAUAAUUAUAAUGAAUGCAUGAUACCUGUCGGUAAGUUUAUUCUUCUGUAGUUCGAGGGAUAUGAAGCUGAAGUGAGAGCCAGACGAUGCAAAUACGAUCAACAUGAAACUAUUUCCAUUAUACACACCACCACCACCCGUCAAAUCCUGGCACGUCCCCAUUUCGAAAACCAAAUUCGACUCGGUGACGGACGCUACUUGGGACUUGACGAUGAUACGAAUUCUUCCACAUAUUGACGGGAUCAAGGAUGUGCGACGCAUCGCUCAUGACGCUGAUGUUUCUCUUCCCUUGACCAAGCUUGCACUGCAGCACCUUUUAUACUAUGAUUCCAUCCUCAUGGUGGAUUUGUUCCUGAUUGGAAACAUAUAUGCUCCAACUCCCGACAUUACGGAAUUCAUGGAUGACAAAGAGGGAAUCAUGGAUGAGUGUGCUAAUUACGUUUAUAUCAAUGGGCCAAGGCUUCCGAAUUUUUACUUGUGCAGAUUGUAUACUACGCUCUGCAGUUCCCGUACUUUGAAGGUUUGAAUUUUCUUAAUUUCAAAUGAUCCGUGGUGCUUUCCGUUAUUGAGUUGGGAAACUCUCUAACAAUUUCACAGGAAUGGCUAAAACUCCACCUCGACCAAAACUUCCCGAUCCUAAAUUACAUCGACGUACGACGCUUCAUCCAAUUCGGACUGAUAAAAGGGCUCAUCUACCGCGUCCACAAAUACGCCAUCUCCUCACGAACCCUCCACUCCAUAUCCCAAGAAAACAAUCUCCAGCUUCCCUCUACCCCCUCACCUGAACCGGUGCACAGAAGCCACUCGCUGACGCACGAGAAAAGCAAGAGCUCGGACACUCCCCGAGUGAGGAAUCUGGAUGAGGAGGAUUUGAAGGGGUAUACGAAUGGAAUGCAUUGCUUUGAUAAGAUUGUUGUGGAGAGUAAUAUGGGGGAUGUGAAGAUCAUGGAUCAGUUGAGGAGGUUUCCUAAAGGGGAUGUGGAGAUUGUUUAUCGUUGAGUGGGGAGGUGAUCUUGGGGUUGG